CCGCUCUGAGCGCCCUCUUCCCUCCCUGCCAGAUUGUGCUCCGGCCCCCGGCCCGCCCCCGGGAAGGUUCUGGGCGUGCGCGGUGCAUUGUGGGGUGGCCGGGAGCGAGCAGCCGCCGCAAUGAUGCCCACUCCGGUUAUCCUGCUGAAGGAGGGCACGGACACGUCGCAGGGCAUCCCGCAGCUGGUCAGCAACAUCAACGCGUGCCAGGUGAUCGCCGAGGCCGUGCGCACCACGCUGGGCCCGCGCGGCAUGGACAAGCUCAUCGUGGACGAUCGGGGCAAAGCCACCAUCUCCAACGACGGGGCCACCAUCCUGAAGCUGCUGGACGUUGUCCAUCCGGCCGCCAAGACCUUGGUGGACAUCGCCAAAUCCCAGGACGCAGAGGUGGGUGAUGGCACCACGUCCGUGACCCUGCUGGCAGCCGAGUUCCUGAAGCAGGUGAAGCCCUACGUGGAGGAGGGGCUCCAUCCCCAGAUCAUCAUCCGCGCCUUCCGCACGGCCACGCAGCUGGCUGUGAACAAGAUCAAGGAAAUCGCUGUCUCCGUGAAGAAGGAGGAUAAAGAUGAGCAGAGGAGUCUCCUGGAAAAGUGUGCAGCCACAGCCCUGAGCUCCAAGCUCAUCUCCCAGAGCAAGGAGUUCUUCUCCAAGAUGGUUGUGGAUGCUGUGAUGAUGUUGGAUGACUUGCUGCAGCUCAAGAUGAUCGGGAUAAAGAAGGUGCAAGGAGGAGCUUUGGAAGACUCACAGCUGGUGGCUGGAGUUGCCUUUAAGAAAACCUUCUCCUACGCUGGGUUUGAGAUGCAGCCCAAGAAGUACCAGUCCCCCAAAAUCGCCCUGCUCAACGUGGAGCUGGAGCUCAAAGCUGAGAAGGACAACGCCGAGGUCAGAGUCAACACGGUGGAGGAUUACCAGGCCAUCGUGGAUGCGGAGUGGAACAUCCUGUACGACAAACUGGACAAAAUCCACAAGUCGGGAGCCAAGGUGGUGCUGUCCAAGCUCCCCAUCGGCGACGUGGCCACGCAGUACUUCGCGGACAGGGACAUGUUCUGUGCCGGCCGCGUGCCGGAGGAGGAUCUCAAGAGGACCAUGAUGGCCUGUGGGGGAUCCAUCCAGACCAGCGUCAAUGCCCUGUCCGAUGAUGUGCUGGGCCACUGUGAGCUCUUUGAGGAGACCCAGAUUGGGGGAGAGAGGUACAACCUGUUCACGGGCUGCCCCAAGGCCAAGACGUGCACCAUCAUCCUGCGCGGGGGCGCGGAGCAGUUCAUGGAGGAGACGGAGCGCUCCCUGCACGACGCCAUCAUGAUCGUCAGGAGAGCCAUCAAGAACGACUCGGUGGUGGCGGGCGGCGGCGCCAUCGAGAUGGAGCUCUCCAGGUUCCUGCGGGAUUACUCCCGCACCAUCCCGGGCAAGCAGCAGCUGCUGAUCGGCGCCUACGCCAAGGCCCUGGAGAUCAUCCCCCGGCAGCUCUGCGACAACGCCGGCUUCGACGCCACCAACAUCCUCAACAAGCUGCGGGCCAAGCACGCCCAGGGCGGGAUGUGGUACGGCGUGGAUGUCACCAACGAGGACAUCGCGGACAAUUUCUCGGCGUGCGUGUGGGAGCCGGCCGUGGUGCGCAUCAACGCGCUGACGGCGGCCUCGGAGGCGGCGUGCCUGAUCGUGUCCGUGGACGAGACCAUCCGCAACCCCCGCUCCAGCGUGGACGCCGCUCCCGCGCGGGGCCGCGCCCGCGCCCGGCCCCACAACCACUGACGGAACCCUGCCGCGAUCGGCGGCUGCUCAGCGCGCGGGCCCCGGGCCGGCUUCAGUCAGAGGCGGCUCCUGGCCCUGCAGCCACGGCCCCUGCCCUGCCCUGCCCUGCCCCCUGGGCUGGCCUGGGCACUCCCUUGCCUUCCCUCCAGGGCAUUCCCUUCCCUUUGGGUGGGAAUUCCCUUCCCUUCGGGCUGGGAUUCCCUUCUCCCCCUUCCUUCGGGAUCAUUCACUUCCCUCCGGGGGAUUCCCUUCUCCCCCUUCCCUCGGGAUCAUUCCCUUCCCUUCGGGCUGGGAUUCCCUUCUCCCCCUUCCUUCGGGAUCAUUCCCUUCCCUUCGGGCUGGGAUUCCCUUCUCCCCCUUCCCUCGGGAUCAUUCCCUUCUCCCCCUUCCCUCGGGAGCCUCCUCCCCUCCAGGCCGGAGCCAGCGCAGGGAAGGGGUUUGUGGCCUAUUUAUACUGGUUUGGUUUUUGUCCUGCUGGGCACUUUGAACCCAGGCUCCAGCACAAUAAAACGAGUUUGUCUCGGGGGCA